UUUCGCCACCGACGAAAUCGUAGCGUCCGGCGCCGAUGCGGAUGCUCAAGACGACCGGCCUCUUCCAGAAGAAGCCGUCGGUGAUCCCGAUCAUGGAGGAUGAGAGCGAGCCAUCGCCGCUGCCCAUCUAUAUGGACAUGCAGACUGCGCGCCACAUUGGCGGCAACCGCGCGCAGCCGGGGCGGUCCGUGGCCACGGACGACGACGACGACGCGUCGAGCCACCACCCGCUCGACAACAUCUUUGACACGCUGCAGCUGCAGACGAUGGUCGGUCGCGACCGGCGGCGGCGUAUGCCGAAGGAGAUGCGUCUUGUCUUUGAAGCCGAACAAGACAUGCUGCGGAGCCCCGCGGCGCAACAGCAGUCGGGCGUCGUCGUGCAGCCCGAAAACCUCUGGCAGACGUACGACACGGUCAGUCGGAUACACUUUGAGCGCGACGGCGGCGCGCUGCGGUCCCACGACGGCGACCCAAUCAAGCUCGUGUCGAAAGCGUGUUUUGGCUUGUACGCGAGUCUCGUGGCCGUCGGCUUCCUCUAUGGCGCACUACCCUCCUUGUACCUUGCCUCGCCCUCUCAUUCUGACUACUCGCAGCUGCCCGUGCUCUCGCUCAUGACGCCCUUGUACCCGAUCUUUAAUGCGUCUGUCGCCAUGACGCUCUUUCCAGCAUCGCUGCGCGUAGUAAUUGGCCUCGCGUCCGACUGCUACCCGUUCUUGAGCUACCGCCGCAAAUCGUACAUGGUCGCUGGCUGGACCAUUGCAGCGCUCGGGCUCCUUAUCGCGGGGCUUCUAGCCAUGGCGAGUGCCAACCUCGUGCCACCGCUCGUCGUGGCCACGAUCGGCGUCACGGUCGCUGACGUCGCUGGCGACGCCCGCCUCGUCGAGUUUGCGCAGCGUGAGCGACUCUCCAAACGUGGCAACCUCCAAGCGCUCGCGACCGGCAUCAAAUUUGCGCUCACGGCCGCUGGGCAAUUCUACGUGGCCAUCUUUCGCUAUUGCCAGUCGGCGCCGUGGACGGUCGAGAGCACGGGGUACCAAGCGCUGCUGUUUACGCUGGCGCUCACCGCACUCGCGCCCAUUCCGUUUGUGUGGACGCGGCUCGUCGAAGAGCCGGCGCCGCCGUCACUGCCAUGGGCAUCACGCGCCAACGACCUCUUUGGCCUCCUCAAGAAGAAGUCGAUCGUGCACAUUUUGUGGUUUGAGCUCGCGUUCUCGCUCUUGAGCCACAUUGGGUCGGGCUCUGGGUCGUUCUGGAAGCGGCACGACCUCGAUCUGGCGUUCGAGACGCAGUUUCUCAUGCAAAAUACGUCGGCCAUGUCGGACGAACCCGCGUUCACAAAGUCGCUGGUGUUUACGCAAGGCCUCAUGGUGUCGGGCGGCCUCCUCUGCUUUGCACUGCCGAUGCUGCUCUGCCGGUCCCCACUCGCGACGUGGAAUUGGCGCGUCGCGUUCUUCUACUGCACACUGCUCACGUCCAUGCUCUGCGCGGUCCAAGCAUCGUUCUUGGCCUACGACACGAGCCGCGGACCGGUCGUGUGGUAUCUGCUCCCGCUCCUCGUGCAGUUUCCCAUGGGCAUCCGGUACAUGCUCAGUCUCUUCCCGAUCGUCGAAGUGACCGAGCCAAUGUACGAAGCCACGAUCGGGAGCCUCCUCGUCACGGCGCAGCUCGCGCCGAUCCCGCUCGCCACAAUGCUUUUUAGCCUCUUGGAGACCCCUUACGUGGCACGCUUGGCGCCGACGCUCAAUUUUACAACCGACGCAACGCAGUCGGCGUACGGCGAACUCGCGAGCUUGAACGCGCUCUGGGGCUUUGCCGCGGUUCUCAGUCUCUGCUGGCUGCCCAAUCAAAAAGUGAGUGCGCAGGUCAUUCGCAAGUUUGGUGGCACGCGCCGGCGGUGGGGACAAACGUCGCUUCUUCUCGGCGGCGUCUCGGUUGCGUUUGUGUUUGUUGUAGCGCUGCUGAGUCUGAUACCGGGUCUCGGCUGCACACCCGCACUUGGGGACAAGUGCCCACUCUAGGACCGUUGCGAUCGGGGUCGUUUAAUUUUUAAUGAAUAGUUGCUAGCUCGUGAUUUCAUC